GCCCCACGCAGGACACACCUCCCGGCAGGCGGUCCAGACUCGUCCCCGAUUGGGCCGGCGGGAGGUCUGCCGCCUCCCGAUUGGCCGCUGAGGACACCAGCUGACAAGAGUAUGCAAAUGGUGUGAGUGUCAGUAGAAAGGCUUGGGAGCAGAAGCUGCGGAGGGCACUGACGGAGCACAGCGGACGUGGAAGAAGACCAGCAGCGGCGUGGGAAAGUUCUACGGAGAACUGCUGGAUCUGCUGCGUGUUUCCAUGAGCGCUGCCAGCCUCCUCAGGUCGUUGAGUCCGUCAGCGAUGCCAGGUCCAGUAAUGCCCAUAGACAUGGCCAUGAGGUUCUACAUCAGCCACUCUCCUCCGCUCAGAGGCUUCCUCAGCUCCUACGAGGCCCAGAGGCAUCGUAAAAAGGGCCGGGCUCAGCGGGACCAGGCGGCGGCGCUGCGGCCCUGUCUGAGCAGCCAGCAGAGGGCGGCCGGCUGCGACGGCUGGGGCGGCAAAGGCUUGAAGAAGAAGGUGGUGUUCGCCGACACCAAGGGUAUGUCGCUCACCGCCAUCCACGUCUUCUCCAAGAACGACGACGAGCGCGGUGCGGGAGCCGUCGAGGAGCUGCAGUUCGACUUGAGCGACCUGGAGAGCGCCGCCAUGGAGUUGAAGAUCAGCCCGGUGAGAACCCUAGCUUUGGACUUCAAGCAGCCUUCAGCUGACUACCUGGACUUCCGUACCCGCCUGAUCCGGAAUGCCGUCUGCCUGGAGAACUGCUCCCUGCAGGAGCGCUCGCUCUCCGGCACCGUCAAGGUCCGCAAUGUGGGCUUUGAGAAGUCCGUGCAGGUACGCACCACCUUCGACUCGUGGACCACCUUCAGCGACGUGGACUGCACCUUCCUGAACAACGUGUACGGCUGCCCCGACACCGACACCUUCGCCUUUGUGCUGGACCUGCCCGAAAACAUACCCCCGCAGCACCUGGUGGAGUUCUGCAUCUGCUUCAGGGUCCAGGACCAGGUAUUUUGGGACAAUAACGACGGCAAGAACUACGUGAUCAAGCACCUGGGUUGGGCCGGCGGCACCUCCUCGGACUCCGUCGAGCACAAGGCGGCGGCAGAGUCCAGAGGCGGUGGGGUGAAGGUUCUGGAGAUGGACUUGGAGCAGCUCGGCAGCCCGCGUAUGUGCAGCGGCUUCUUCCCGGGCUGGCAGAACUGGAGCCAGGCCAACACUGCCGUACCGUACUGGUGAGGUCCUCCAACCAGGUGUGGUCGGAAGUCAUCGUGCGGCGACGGAAUUCUUCGUCCUUCAUAUUGAAGGGGAGCCGAGCGCUGGUCCGAACGCACGCACCGGUAUUUUGGACUUGAAUCGCACCUUAAACCUCCUUGAUGAUGUCAUCAGAUGACGACCGCCCCUGAUUGCUUCGAUGGUCCCGAUGCAUCAGCAGCGCCCGAAUGUCUUUCUCAAUUUGCACCUUCUCUGUGUGUGUGUGUGUGUGUGCGUGUGUGUGUGUGUGCGUGCGUGCGUGUGUGUGUGUGUGUCAAAUGUUUCCGUUUCCCUUUCUGGCAAAAAAGUGAUAUUGUCCGAAAUAAAAGUUUGUUUGUUCUA